GUGUGGCAUUUGUGUUUGUUUGGUUUGGUGUUGGUGUUGUCAGUUGAUUCAAUGGAGUUGGUUGUUUAUUAGGUUGAUUGACAUUUUAUUAUUCCGUGGUUGACAUUGAUAGUUGUGGUGUUGAGGCAACGGUAUUUAUUUAAUCGUAAAAGAAUAUUACCCAUCGACAUUCAAUACUCAUAAGUGUAUGUGCUUGAAAAACUUGAUCUUGGAAAUAUUCCGGGAUUUACCAAGAACAAUCUUAGUAAUUUUUUGGAUACUUGGAAGAUAGUAGUAGUAUUACUGCACAUUUAUCUAUGUUGUUGUUAUAUAUGUAUGUUGGGUACACAAAAGCUUUGCCGCCUUAUGCUAUGUCGAUUAAAACAUUUAUUUUAUAGUUUUAAUCCUUUCAUUAUGUAAGCAUUAGUUUCUGAAAAUAUACAACAAUGUAGCAUAUUCGGGUGUCGAUAUAUUGGGAAAAAUCCGCCUCACGCUGUAAAAUUUUCGAGCCAGUAAACGGUCGAAAAGAAGCUCUUAAUACUUCACACGUGAAGACUUAUUAAAAUAUGGACUUCAUACAGAAUAAUCCACUAAAUCCUUCCUUUUUCCUUCAAAUUCGCACCACGAUUGCGUAGAAGGUAUUUUUGGUGGUAAAUCUGCAACAAUAUUGAAAAUUGGCGCUUUUUGCCUUUAUUGGCAAUGUUUGUGUACCUUAGUUGUACCAGUAACGCCAUCUGCGCUGAGCUUUGCGUAAUAUGCCCUAUUCCCGUCAGAUUUGCAUCAGAACAAUGAGAUAGAAGACGUUAUAGAAGUAUUGCUAUUAUGAAAUAAAAGAUGGAAAUCAAUAAAAGUAUUUAGAACUUGCAACACACUAACUAGAUACAGGGAAGGCAAGUUUCCGUAUCCGGCCGCCAUUACCGAGUUGUUCGUUCGCCGGGUCUGUGAAAGGUCGCUAGUGAAUGAAAAAAUAAUUCUAAUCCAAAUUCUCUCUUUUUGAGAGAUAUCUAUUCAAGCGAUCACCACCACCACGUAAUAUCCUUAAAGGAAUAUUACAACAGCGAAACCAUGCAGUACAACGGCUUCCAUAACCAGCAUCCGAUAUUCAGACCUCGAACAGACCGGAAUGAACAAUUCGGAAAAAUCCCUUUUUUCAAUGGCAUGCCUGAUUUUGGAGGGCCCAAAAACUUUGGUGGACCCAGAAACAACAACAUGGGCAAUAAAAAUAAUUUCCGGCCCAGAAAUGAUUUUAAUGGAAUGAGAAAUGAUUUUCAUAAUAAGAAUGAUGGAAAUCAAAAUGAUUUUGGGGGGCCGAAAGAAUACAGGCCAAGAAAUAAUUUCAAUAACCAGGCGCAGAGGAAAGAGAAUGAUGACGAUAAACAGAUGAAUCCACGAGGAAAUAUGCAGUAUUUCAAGAGUGACUUUGGGGGUCCUAAACAGCAAAAUUUCCAUAAUAAAAACAAUUUCGCACUUAAUAAUAAGACUUUCAGCAAUCAAAAUGGCCAGCCGGGUAAUGGCAAUGGACAGCAAAAUUUCAUUCCUAAAAAAGUAUUUAAUCCUAAUGAUCGGCAGCAGCAAUCCAUAGAAUUUAAAGGUCGCAAACUUCAAAGUCAGAAAGCUAAACAUCCAGGAGACAGCUUGAUGAAGCCAAAUUGGGAUAUGGCUAAUCUAGAGCCCAUUCAGAAAGAUUUCUACAAGCCUCAUGCUAAUGUGGAUGCCCGAUCAGAGGAAGAAGUCAUGAGAUAUCGUGCAGCAAAGGAAAUAACUGUUAGUGGUAAUAACAUUCCACGUCCAAACCAAAUUUUUGAUGAAGGAAAUUUCCCUGAUCAUAUCAUGACUACUAUUAAAGAACAAGGGUGGUCAGAGCCUACUGGUAUCCAAGCUCAAGGUUGGCCAAUUGCUUUAUCAGGCCGUGACAUGGUUGGCAUUGCCUCUACAGGAUCUGGGAAAACCCUCGCUUACAUGCUACCAGCUGCUGUUCAUAUUGUUCACCAGCAACGCAUUCAGAGAGGAGAUGGCCCCAUUGCCCUGAUACUUGCUCCCACAAGGGAACUGGCUCAACAGAUUCAAUCAGUAGCCCAAGCUUACAGUGCCCAUGGUUGCAUUAGAAACACGUGUCUUUUUGGUGGCUCACCCAAGGGACCUCAAGCUAGAGAUUUGGAAAGAGGUGUAGAGAUUGUCAUUGCUACACCUGGACGUCUGAUUGAUUUCUUAGAAAGAGGUACUACAAAUCUUCGACGAUGCACAUACUUGGUAUUAGAUGAAGCAGAUAGAAUGCUCGACAUGGGUUUCGAGCCUCAGAUUCGCAAGAUCAUUGAACAGAUUCGCCCCGAUCGCCAAGUUUUGAUGUGGUCAGCUACCUGGCCUAAAGAGAUCCAGGCUCUAGCAGAAGAUUUUCUUAAUGAUUAUAUUAAAGUCAACAUUGGAUCAUUGAAUCUGUCAGCUAACAAUAAUAUCAAACAAAUAAUUGAAGUGUGUGAAGAACAUGAGAAAGAGACAAAGCUCACUAAUUUAUUGAAAGAGAUUGCGUCUGAAAGAGACAAUAAAGUUAUUGUUUUUGUUGAAACAAAAAAAAAGGUGGACGACAUCGCUCGUGCUGUUCGUCGCAAUGGUCAUAAAGCGCUGGCUAUACACGGGGACAAGUCACAACCCGAGCGCGACGCUGUACUCACUGAAUUUAGAAACGGAGCUACAACUAUUUUGAUUGCCACUGAUGUUGCGGCUCGUGGACUUGAUGUCGAAGAUGUUAAAUUUGUUGUAAACUUUGACUAUCCUAAUUCCUCUGAAGAUUAUAUACACAGAAUUGGUCGCACUGGACGUUGUCAACAAUCUGGUACUGCAUACACUUUCUUUACUAAUGGCGACGCGCGUCAAUCACGUGCUUUAGUUGCAGUGUUACGCGAGACCGGUCAAAAUCCUCCCAAUAAACUGAAUGAGAUGGCUAGAACUAACAACAACAAUUCUGGACGUAACCGCUGGCAACAACGCAAAGACAACAACAGUGGAUCAAGCUCACCCCGUCAGCAAAACAACCAAUGGAAUAAUAAAAUGGCUGCAGUGAUUACUGAAGACAACCAAAGUACUUAUCAGAACCGAAAUGUACAACAACAGGCACCUCGUUUCAACAACCAGAAUCAAAACAACCAGGGCUAUAGACAACAAAAUAACUUCCAGAAACCAGUGCCCUUCCCAAGUCCUAAUGUGUUUGAGUCUAUGGGCAACUAUCAGGGUGGCUACAAUGGUGGCUACCAAAAUGGGUACAAUAACCACAACCAGAAUGGAUUUAACCAACGACCUUACAACAAUUCUCGUACUGGAGGCCAGCAGUACCGUAAUAACAACAAUGGCAACAAAUCUGGAUCUGGUUCCUCAUAUGGUUCACCUCCGCCGCAUUUCACAACACCUCAACAUUAUCCUCAGAUGCACCCCCAUCAUCAAGAGAUGCUUGGUGGCAAAUUUUACGGUGGUGGCGUUGGAGGCGGUGGACCUUGCGGCUAUCAAGCUGCAGUGGGCGCAAGCGUGCCCUAUGCUCAUAUGGCUCCUGGGCCUCUCCUCUAUGCAGCUCCGGUUCAACAAUAAUUCUUUAGGGCUGACAACUUUCAACCAAGUAUACUGGCCGUCGCCAUUUAGAACUUAAAAAUUACGUCUAAAACUGAUUUUGAGAAGUCUCAAUUAUUUGAAUAAACAAAUUUCAAUAUUGUACUUACGUUUUCGAUGUAAUCAUGAGUAAUGAGACAACCAAUUUUUUUUAUAAGCACGUUUGUUUAAUUAAUAUUGCUAUAGAUCUGAAAGAAUUCUUGACUUAGUUUAAUUUCAAGUGGUCUUAUUAUUUUUUAUUUAAAAAAAAAUCAUUGCAUCGCGUUUUAAGGAAAUUGUCGCGACUCACUAUGCAAUAAUUUGAGGAAUUCUCUUCAGAUCAAUUUAAAUUUACGAAUAUGUGUGUUAGUUUUGUAAGGGAUUGUAUCCUCUGUCGAGUCAGUUUCGCAUAUAGCAUUUCAUUUAUGAACGCCUUUUGAACUUAUGUAUUUCCUGUUAAGUUCACCUUUAAUACCUUUAAAUGUGUGCAAUUAUUAUUACAUACAAUACAAUUCAACAUUGUCAGUAAAAUUUUCUUCAGUGUGAAAUGCGGACAUGACUGAUACAGAAUACAUGAAUCCAUUAUUAUUUAUAGUAUGGUAGAACCAAAAUAAUGAAACUGUUUCUGCCUCUAGAUUUAAUCAUUAUAUUUGUUAGAGUAGUUGGUGUGGGUACCCUCUUGUGUAAUCCCGGGUGCCUUUCGUUUUUUUUUUUCUUUCAAAUGUCUGUAUAAUGUACGAAAUGCACGAAACAUAUAGAAGAUGAAUGAAAUUAUGUAGGGAGGGGUUUAACUGUGGCAGAAAUGUUAUCUGAAAUAUUUUAUAUAAAUUAUUUUAAUUGUUGAUCUUACAUGGAAAAGUGGGACAUCUUUAGAGUUAGAGAAAUUAUUUAAUGAAUAAUUGAAACGCGUUAAAAUGCUUUUUGAUAUACUUCAAGAUAACAAUCUGUAUUGCCAGAUAAAAAUGUGAAUAUUUUUCGUAUGUAAAAAGAUGUCAAUGACAUUUCAAGUCACUGAUUUCAAGAUUAUUUUUUUAUUGAAGAUUAGAUCUUGAUAUACUUGAAUAUUUAUGUCUAGGGUAUUUAGUCUGCGUCGAUUGGACUUUGAUGAGCGGUUUGACUUGAAACUUGUUCAAACUUAACUUGUUCCAUACUUGAAAAGUGUAGAAAGUAUGUAAAUAACAUGCAUUUAUCUUAGGGCGUUUAGAGCGUGAUAAAUAUAAUCGAACAACGGUUACACUUUCGUUCUAGUAGCAACAUAAGUGAUUUAUCAUUUUGUUUUUCGAUUAUUUUUGUGUUUCAGAUAAUUCAUCUAUUUUCUUUGUACGUAAACGGGUUCUAAGGGCUAAGGAUAGGGAUGGAUAGGUACAAAUUAUAUCUAUUGAGUAUUAUCAGAAGCCCGUUACUGUCCAAAGAUUUUGAAAAAUCUGUGAUAUUUCAUUAAUAUAACCUGUCGUUGCGUUUGUCAAUUGUUAAUACAUAAAGACACUUCUAUGGAAUGUGUUUAACUAGACAAAAAUAUAUUUUUUGACUAUUUGAGGGAAUUCAAGAAUGUUUGUGAAUACAAAACUCGCAAGUCAUUCACAGAUAUAAUAUAUGAUAGGUGUAAGAUUUAAUAAUUUAUUGUUAUUCAAUUUAGUUUUCAGUUACUGGUAGGUGACGAAAUUGAACCAGUUCAGGGACGUAAAGUUAUUAUCUAUUUAAGUGUUCCAUUACGAGGUACACAUCUCGGAUGAUAUAUAAUAGCAAUGAGCCUCAAACAGAGUUAAAUAAGGGGUGAACAGCGUGUUUGUGAAUCUCGCAUUUGUUGUAUCUCAUUGAGAUGCGGGAUUUGCUUUGUUAUUUAUGUACAUUAUAAGAGAAAGACUGCCAUGAAAGGGAUGUGUAUAUAUGCAUAAAGUCAUCUCUGAGAUGUUUGCCUGAGUUCUAGCCUGGACAUUGAUUUGCAUCUUCGCCAGACGUGUGCCGGGCUAGGUAGUUGCAUGCGUUUUAGAUCGGCGUGUAUCGUGUCGAAUGGUCGCGGAUAGCAGGUAGAUCCUGUAUUAUUAUGUACAAAGUACUGCACCCACCUCUACUAAACAACUGUGAUAAUAACACUAAGUAGCGUAGCAGGCGAUUUAUAUACUAGUUACGUCCAGAGAAGGGAUGACAUCAUAUCUGACAUACUGUAUUGUGAUAAUAAUAUCAAGGCGUGGCCGUUUCGGUACGUUUUGACUUAAUGUUUUCUCUAAAAAACAAGACUGAUUAUUUCUUAUUGAUAAAUAUUUUAUACAUGUUCCACUUUGACUGAAUGAAUUAAGACGUCUGUAUUUAUAUUGGUAGUAUUUCAUUGCUGUGUGUUUUCUCAAAAAUUGAGUAUUCACUAUGUUGGAUAUGUGUCAAAAAGCCUUUCCAUGUGGUCACCAAAAUGAUAAAUUUUAUGUUCGUUCUUAUAUUUAAUACAAUAUUUUCUACUUUCUUUAUUGUGAUGGAAAAUGUUGUUGACAAAUUAUGUGGCAGCGGCAGUAUAAACACUACUUAUAAAAAAUAUUUAUUUUUGUUAAUAAUUUGCAAAAUUUUAUUUUACUCCGUGUAGUGUAUAUCUAGGCGAACGUACUUUCAUGCUUAUUUAAUUAAGAAUUUUUCAAAAGCGCGAGUUCGUGAAAAAUAUACAUAGAUUUUUAAGUAUGUGGCAAUGCAGAUCUUCAUUGAUAUAUAUUACGAACGAAAUAGUUUGUAUUUAUUCAAUUUUUAAAAUGGAGGUAUAAAGCUCCUUAUACAAACUGUCCCGAAGGGAGGUCUUCUGAAUGUUUCUGAGAAGUGCAUUUCUUCUAUGUAAUACAGUAUUAAAUUCAGAUUAAUAAAUGGAUGUAUAAUUAUUA